AGGGUAUUUUCGUAAUACUAUGUUCGCUACCCCGCACCCAUUUAUUCUGUUCUUACUGAUUUAUAGUGCAUAGUUCUUGGUGGUUUGGAUCCGUUCCCCGACACCGUCCUAGCUGCCCGCCGGCCGAUCCGCGGUUCCUCAUCCUCGAUCCCAAACACUUCUUCAAACCCUAACAUCCGGUCCUGAUUCGCAGGAAAAAUCGAUUCCUUUGGCCGGAUUUCGUUGGACUCUGAUGGUAUAAAGAGCAUGGAAAGGGAAGCAAAAAAGGAAGCUUUCAGGAAGUAUCUGGAAUCAAGCGGGGUGCUUGAUGCUCUCACUAAAGUUCUUGUUGCACUGUAUGAAGAAAAUGACAAGCCUUCAUCUGCCUUAGAGUUCGUCCAACAAAAGUUGGGUGGCCCAUCAAUUUCUGAAUAUGAAAAGCUACAAGCUGAAAAGUCAGAUUUGCAAUUGAAAUAUGAUGAGCUCUUAGCAGCUCACAGAGAAACAUGCAGAGAGGGUCAUUUUUCAUGCAUCUAUUGUAUGAAGGGAUCUUAUUGGCACAUUCCUGGUAGUUGCUGCAUUGGGAGCUCGCGGAUCUACGAAACUUGAAGUUGACAACAUCGUCAAAGGAGAACACAGAUGGAGAUAAAUUGAAAAAUUGACUAUGAACCUCCAGAGAUGAUUUAUUUGUGAGUUUGAACAAUAGAUCACAGAAAAAUAGAGAAACUGAUUUCUUCGCAUAAGUACUGAUAUUGAAUACUGUUCAUCACUGAUCUACCACGGAUGGAUUCUCAGAUUCGAUCCCUUCCCUGUUAAUUGUUCUUUAAUUUUACAAGGAAUGGAAAUGGACACCUUUUAUUUGCUAACUGGUUAAUUUAUCUGUCUUUAUUUAGGGUUCUUGCAUAUAGAACCUCGUGUCUCUCAUGUCGAUAAGAAAUGUGGCCUUAAAAGGUUACUACUACUGCUUAUGAUGUACCAAUAAUUUAACUAUUGUGUUAUCAGUCUUUUUGGCCAAUGGACCAAAAAUUGGA